AUGCCAACCACAUACUUGAAGAAGCCCUCCACGAAUUGUGCAGCCAAUGGAGUCAAAUCAAACGAUGGAGUGGCAUCAAUUGUCAAGGGAGUUCUAGACGACGUCAGAGCCAACGGUGAUGAAGCUGUUCGCAGAUACUCAGAAAAAUUCGACAAAUGGAGCCCGCUGUCGUUCAAAUUGUCAAAGGACGACAUUGAGAAAGUACUCCAACAGGUACCAGAGCAAAUCAUCAAAGAUAUCAAGGAGGUUCAAAACAACGUCAGGAUAUUCGCCGAAGCCCAGCGAAAGUCCAUAUCCGAAUUUGAGCUCGAAAUCAAGCCGGGAGUCUUCCUAGGCCAGAAGAACAAUCCCAUAGAGACAGUCGGAGCAUAUAUCCCGGGCGGACGAUAUCCAUUACUGGCAUCUGCACAUAUGACUAUCCUAACCGCAAAGGUGGCAGGAGUCAAACAUGUUAUUGGUUGCACUCCUCCGAUCAAUGGGCAACUUCCUACGUCGACAAUUGCAGCAAUGCACUUCGCAGGGGCUGAUGAGAUUUUCGUUCUUGGGGGUGUUCAAGCUGUCGCCGCCAUGGCAAUCGGCACGGAGACUGUUCGGAAGGUCGACUUUAUUGCCGGACCGGGCAACGCCUUUGUUGCGGAGGCUAAGCGGUCACUCUUCGGUGAGGUUGGAAUCGAUUUAUUCGCCGGGCCUACUGAAGUUCUCAUCGUCGCUGACGAGCACGCGGACCCUUUCACUGUCGCGACAGAUUUAUUGUCACAAGCCGAGCACGGUCCGGAUACACCGGCGAUCUUGAUCACUAACUCCCACACCCUAGCUCAGAAAGCGAUCGAGGCUAUAGACGAAAUCCUGGUUCAUCUUCCCACUGCACCACUUGCUGGGGUGUCAUGGAGGGAUUAUGGAGAAGUAAUCGUCGUCGAUGGUCUGGACGAAGCAUUUGCCCUCGCAGACGUGUACGCUUCCGAGCAUGUACAGAUACUCACUCAAAACCCUCGAGAGGCUUUACAGAAGAUGAAGCAUUAUGGCGCCCUCUUUUUGGGCGAGGGGACUUGUGUAUCGUAUGGAGACAAGUGUAUCGGAACGAAUCAUGUGCUGCCAACCCGGAAGGCCGCCCGUUAUACAGGUGGCUUGUGGGUAGGCAAGUUCCUGCGUACAGUUACCUACCAGGAAUCAAGAAGCAGGGAAGCAAGCGGCGAGCUCGGUCGAUUAUGUGGGAGAGCUGCAAGAGCCGAACAUUUCGAAGGUCAUGCUCGAUCAGGUGAUCUUAGAUCAUACAAAUUCUUGGGCGACCAUCACGAUUGGAUAACGGGGAAAACAGCACCUGCGAACGUGCGGCCUCUUGGACUAGCCUAG